AUGGCACUUAUGCAAGUGGAAGAAAUAAUAAUUCACAGUGUGUCAGUAGCCUUAAAUGUUUUUGUGGUAUCUAUAAUUUUACGCAGAUUGGGAGCAAUAAAGCCCGUGGAGUGUAUUGUACUUAGUCUCGCUGUAACAGAUAUCGGUUUCUCAAUCUUCAGUCUGGUACUGUACAUUUUCAAUGAUUGGGUGAUACAUCGAACAGAAUCAGUGACGUUGCUAAUAGCUUUAUUCCAUAUCUCCAUUUGUCAUGUUUUGUUGUUAGCAUAUGAACGAUACAUGGCUAUCUCAAUGCCAAUCUUUGCAAGAGUUUACAGCACGAUAAAAAGAACCACCACAAUUUUAUGUGUAAUGUGGUGUCUUAUCGUUGUAAUUUAUAUCCCAGUUUGGUUAACUUCUCGUGAUCACGAAGAAAAUUUAUUGACAGGUUUUGUAAUUAGCGUUUUAGUUCUGUCUAAUGUAAUUUUAAUUAUUUAUGGCAUUAUUAUAUUUAAGAUCUGGAGAUUAAAAACACCAGGAGAAGUCAAGUUAGAGAAACAACGGGAUCGUAUCAACACGCGAGCUAUCUUGUACUGUGUUUGCGUUGGAUUGUGUUUGAUUGUGACAAAUGCUCCUUUCGCUAUGUCAUUUUUUUUAAAAUCCUGCAGAAUUAAAUAUCUUCAUUGGCUUAUGAUCUUAAAUGGUCCAUUAAACUCACUGUGUUUUCUUGUUAACAACUGGUGA